AACGCCAUCCGCAUGCUAACGGUCAUCCAAUCAAAUUCACUUUCUGUGAUCAUAACAUCCACAGUCUUCUCUCCCUCCAAAAGAGAGAGGAGGAAAAAUAUAUCCUUAUUUCGUUCAGAGCUAGUUACUUCCAUCGAAGCCGAGAAAGAGAAUUCUUGGGAAUGGAUGGUUCUGAUAUGAACGUUUCCUCAUCAUCGACUCCAAAUAAACUCCCUUCUAUCUCGAAAGGUGCAGAUGAGAAUGAGCAUAGCUAUCAAGAAAUGGGACUAAAUGUGCAAAACUCAAAGAAACCAUCAGCAACAACAACUACAAAGCACUAUAUGUCACCGACAAUAUCUGCAGUUUCAAAAGCCAAUCCUCCAAGAAAGAAAAUCUUAGCUGAAAGGAAUGAGUCUCUGCAUAAUUCUCUCCAAAAUGCCUCAAUUCUUGAUUCAAAAACCAUCCAGAAGUCCACUAGUCUUGAUUCAAAAACCACUUCUAGCACUGAAUUUGAUGAGAAUGAGCAAAAUGCCCUUGUUGAUGAUCUUUCAUCAAAGCCUUAUGACCCAUUAACUAAUUAUCUCUCCCCAAGGCCUAAAUUUCUUCGCUAUAAGGUUAACAGGCGCCAGGAAUUAUUUCUUAGAAGAGAAAAUCAGGAGAAAGAAGGCAAAGAUGGGCUAACUAUUAUUAGAAAUGGUUCUUUGGAGACCCAGAAAGGCAUUGAUAGUGAAGGUAAUUUGGCUAGUUCCUGUGGUUCUUUGGCUGCUGGUUUUAAUGAAACUAAUGUGAAGGAAGAGGGCGAAGAGAUUGGUGAAAGUGAAGAUGAACUUGAGGAGGUAUACGAGGAAAGAUGCUGGGGUUUUGGAGGAAUACUUAAAUUUUUGCUUUUGUUGUCUGUUUUAGUUUUUUCUACUUUAUAUAUUUCUGAUAUGAACUCUUCUACACCUCCAUCUGUUGUACAAGCUGUUACGGGUCUCAAGGAUGGGUAUCACAUGAUACAAGAUCAUGUAUAUGAAUUUGUGAAGAGUCUUGAGAGUGGAAAAUACUUCUUGGUUGGCAGAGAAGGAAAGCAAACGAGUUUUGUUGAUAUAGAUGGAAUUGAGGAAGAAGAGAUGAUUGAAGAUGUAAAAAUAGGAGAAGCAGAACACAGUGAUAGGUUGAAUGAACUGGUAGAGAUAAGUAGUGGAGAAGGCAGAGUUCUAGAGAUGGUUGAAGACGAAAAGGAAGGAGUAGUAGAUGAACUAAGUGAAGGAGAAGAAAGUGAGGCUGUGCAGAUUGUGGAACAUGGAGAGAAGGAAAUAGUUGACGAGUUGCAGGGACCGGAAGCUGUGGAAGUGCUUCAAAUGCCCUUAACGAAUGAAUCUAGUGUUCCAGAUACUUUUGAGAAGGAAAAUGAGAUGGCGAGAUAUCCAAUCAAAGAAGAAAUCUUUGACUGGCAAAUGGGUGGAAUGGUUAUUGAUUCUGAUGACCAUGAAAUUCUUAUUGAUGAAGCAGAAGGUACUCAAAAGGAGGACCUUAUCAAACACAUAGAAACAGAGUCGAUUCUGAAAGCUGUCAUUGGGUUUUCUGUCUUUUCUUCAAUUAUAGCAUCUCUGGUAUUAGCUCUUCGCUUUAGAAAGAACAGAAAUGCAAGAAAGGACAAUCAUCAAGUUGUUGAACCUUGUUUCGACUCCGUGAUAGCUAACAAAUGUUGUUCACCGCUUGCUAAUGAGGAAGAUAAGCACAUUGAGCAUCCUGUUUCAAUUGCCAACUCCAGGUCUCUGAUUAAUUCACUGGAAGAAGAUUACAAACAAACAUAUGAAAGCCGAGCUCCAACCAUUGAGUUGCUUGGUGAGCUUCAGGUUGAAGAAAUGAGCAGCUCUCUCAGGAGCUGUGGCAUGAAAAACAGGGUGAUAGAGAGUGAAGUAAGCAGUUAUUCUGUUUCCAUGGAGAAGGUGGGGAUAGGCAGCAACGCUGCUUCAGUUCCUGUUCGUGUGCAACCAGCUUUAUCACAGAUCUCAAACAUGAAUUUGCCUUCAUAUACUGAUGGGAGGAAAAAUGUGAAGAAAGAGCAGGACGGAGGGGAUGGAGAAGUGAAUAAAGUGGUUGUGACAACUCCUCUGAGGCGAUCAAGCAGGAUCCGCAAUCGUUCAAUUGCGCAUCCCCAUGAUUAUUAUUCUGCUGAACCUGCUUCUUCUUAUGAAACACCUUUCUCUGUUGUUUCAUUUUGCAGCUCCUUCUACUCAUAACUAUCUUAGAAUUAGUCUUGUUUCUUUAACUAUAGACUUGGUUAAUUUAUUAAUGUUAAUGUAGGAACUCAUCCUUGUAGGAAUUGAACUAAUUAUUACUUGAUCUUGAUCUUCCAUUCUUCCUUUUUGACAUUAUCUAUAUUUUCUUUCUUGGUCA